CUUCUUCCCUAGCCCCGAGUGAAUGAAUUGAAUCUCCACCGCAACUCAAACCCCGUCCAUUCCCCUUGAAAAUCCGGCUCAAGACUUAGAAAAAAAAAAAAAAGGAAGAAAGAAGACGUAAAAACAAUUCUACAGGAACGGCACAGAAACAGUGAUAGAUAGACACCCCACAACAAUGUCCGCCAUCACCGAAACCACCUCCCUCUGCGCUGAUACCCCCCUUUUCUCCACCUCCCUGAUCUCCCCUGAGGUCGCCUCCGUCCUCCCAGAGGGCUACAAGAUUCGCCCUGCGUGCCGAUCCGACUACCAGCGCGGCUACCUCGACGUGCUCCGUGUCCUGACGACCGUCGGCGAGAUCAGCGAGUCCCAAUGGAACCAGCGGUACGAUUGGAUCUCUGCGCGGAACGACGAGUAUUAUCUACUUGUUGUCUGCGAUGGCGAGGACCGCAUCGUGGGAACAGGGAGUUUGAUCGUUGAGCGCAAAUUCAUUCAUUCCUUGGGGAUGGUGGGCCACAUUGAGGAUAUUGCGGUUGAAAAGGGACAGCAGGGAAAGAGGCUGGGGUUGAGGAUUAUUCAGGCGUUGGAUUAUGUCGCCGAGAAGGUUGGAUGCUAUAAGACUAUCCUCGAUUGCUCUGAAGCGAAUGAGGGCUUCUAUCUCAAGUGUGGCUUCAAACGCGCGGGAUUGGAAAUGGCCCAUUACUACCACUAAUGAUUCUUACUUCUUUUCUUGUUCCCCCCCCUCCUUCUAUGGGUGACUGGGUUUUGCGUCCGUGGCUAUGUAUGUGUUUUAAUGGGGCUUUUUUUUCUUCUUUUCUUUGUCUCUGCUGGCGUCCAGAGACUGACUGAUGGAUCCUGUUUCUGUUUCUUUGGAGUGCUCUUUGUCCCAAAUUCUUACCUUGGAGAAUAGAGAAUACAUAGACUAAAGGAUAUUCGGGUUUACUUGUC